UACUGCAGUACUGCUCAGCUUCAGAGCUGAAGGGGAGGGGUGGUUCUCCCUCUCUCUCUGAACCUCGUCAGUCUGAGUAGAACACUGAUAGUAUCGGACACAGCGGGGACAACUCUCCCACCACAUUAACUGUGCAGCAGCGUGUGUGUUCGUGUGUAUGUGUUCGUGUGUGUGGUAGCGCUAAAGGGAGAGGGCUAAGUGUGUUCCAGGAAAAAGGAGGAGUGUGUAAAAGGAGGAGCAGCACCAUUCUGGCUGUGUUUUCUCUCAGUGUACAGAGGGGCUGGAUGUCUGGAGGUUUGCAGAGGAGGAGCCCUGAAGAGUAUGGACUCCACUCCAGUGACUGAACUAAAGGGUCAGUUGAAGGGGCCUUAGAAUGGGACCACUCCUCACUUCCUCACUUGUCCGAAAGUGCACUUCAAUAUCUACCUCUCAGUGACUCCUAGGCCUAUAGGGACUGCUGACUACUUAUCACUGGUAUUGCGCUGCUCUGAGUCAGCUUUAAUCAAUGAAACACCUUGCUCAGUAGACGUCUGCCUACAUAGGUAAACAGUUGUAAGCAUGGAGUUCUCCGUGGUUUGACCUUGUUUUGAGGUCUUUAGCAGUUAGCGACAUCAGCUUUCCCCAUGCACUCCCGGAGACCAGAGAUGAGUGUGUCUCAGCCCGGGGAACGCGUCCCCGUCGGGGGCAUGAAUGGCUCCGGAAUGAGGCUCCCCCUCCUCCGCACCGGCGACCAAAAUGGCAAUGCUUUCCCUGUCUCCUCUUCCUCCUCCUCUUCCUCCCCAGACUCCCUGCAGAGUCUGAGCAGCCUGGACGUCGACAUGGAAUGUGUGAUGUCGACCCAAAUCAAAAUGGCCGCUAUCUCACCAGCUGGGGAACUGCCUCAGACUGAGUUCUCUGAAUUCAACGACAACUCGGUGUCCAUCUACCUGGACGCUGAUGAGGACUCCUGGAACGACAACCUGACCCUCGCCAUGAGCAUUGCUGGGAUACGGGAGCAUAGCAACGGUAGCCAAGGCGAUCUCCAUGACAACGUUAGCAGUGUGGCGAGCAACAGCGGUGGGAGAAGGGACUCUUCCGCGGACUCGGCGGCCACAGAGAUCCCAGGUGACGAGGGUGAUGUUGAAGAUGAUGAGGAAGGGUUUUUCCUGUCGGUGAGCUCGGACAUGGUGAUGAGGAGAAUCAGCCUGAUCGACUCGGAGCGGCUCCCCAGCAGCGGGGUGUCCAUCCUGGAGGACUCGGACACGGCCUCCCCCUCCACCACGGCUCCCAUCCAGGCUCCACUCUCCGCCCCAUUGCCUGACCUCUGUAAGGGCCUUGAGGGGAGGAAGAGACCUCAUGCUGGGACCAUCACCAUGGAACUCCAGAACCUCCAGACCGGGGCUAGCAGCUCACCGGGUCUGCCCGAUAGAGAGGCACUUCAGGUGGGGGUGGAUCUGCCCGAGGAGGCCUGCACUCUGGAUGUUUUCCCCAUGGUGGAGGCAGUGGACACCGAGCCUAUUGUGGCACUAGAGGUUAUUCUCAGUGAGACUAUAGUGUCUCCAGAUUCUGAAGGCUUCACUGUAGUCUCCCAGACCUUCACCUCAGUACAAGUCUCCAAGGGUGUGGAUUUGGCAGUGUCCCCCUUUACAGUUCCCCAGUCUCCAAACAAAGGGUCCAAAGGUGCGAGCCCCGCCUUCCGCAAGACCAAGGAACACCCGUGUGCAACUCGGGUCAAACCGAACGCCGCCAUCGCCAAGACAGCGGUCACCACGACAUCCAAACCUGGUAGGACCGACGUCAAGAGGUUCCCCAAACCCGACCUGAAGAACGUCAAGUCUAAGGUCAUGUCCAGGCCCGCCUCUACAACCAGAACAGCCAAUCCGACGCAGGGAAAAACUGCUCCGACCAAUGAAAAGAAAGCCCCAGACGGAGUCAAAAGGCAAAGGUCGUCUUUGGGUCAAACUAAAGUAGCUUCGCUGAAGCCAAGCCCCAAACCCAGACCCAAUCAAAACACAGAGCCCAGAGUCUCUAACCAAUCUGAGAAGAGGAGGAAGGGCACUUUGGUCAAUGGCAUUCGCUCCACCUCCAGCAGCUCUCUGGGUUCAGAGUUGGCUGUGGAUGGGCACCGUUGGACGCCUGGGGAGGGUCUCCCAAAUGGAGAAGAGGGUACUACAGGAGUGUGUACUGCAGGAGUGUGUACUGCAGGAGUGUGUACUGCAGGAGUGUGUACUGCAGGAGUGUGUACUACAGGAGUGUGUACUACAGGAGUGUGCACUACAGGAGUGUGCACUACAGAUGACACUACAGAGGGAGCAGGGGGUGAGACACCUGUAGAACAAAGGAGAAGCAAUGGCACAAAGGUCUCCUCCAAGCUGGGGCCCUCAUCGGUCAGACAGCUGCCCCAGGUCAAGGGCAGGGGGGCCGGGGGAGCGAGCAACACCGGGGGACCCUCCCUGUCUCCCACCUCUCCAGCUCCAGUAGGAGGGAGUUUUGGCUCCAGGCUGCCCCCUCCCGCUCCUCCUACGACGGGGAAGGACGGCCAGACCACUGGGAGUGUGUCUCCACCGAGAGGACGACCAAGUCAGACAGCUGGUAUCCCCAAGCCACGUGUCACAGACAGACCCUCUGGAUUGCCUGGGCCUACUGUGGUGACCUCUAACCCAAAGCCAUCCGUCAACCAGGGGUUAGGUGCUGCUCGCCCUUCGGCUGCUGCCACCGCCGUGUCCAAACUGCCCGUGAAGAACCUACCCACAAGCCUUAGCUCCUCUUCUCUGGGCAGCGCCGCCAGCGAGAGUAACGGAUCUUCAGCAGCCCCCAGCAAACUCCCAGCUCCAGUGGUGGGGGGCUGUAAGCCAGAUGAGAGGCCCAGCCAGCCUACAGCUCCAGUGGUGGGGGGCUGUAAGCCAGAUGAGAGGCCCAGCCAGCCUACAGCUCCAGUGGUGGGGGGCUGUAAGCCAGAUGAGAGGCCCAGCCAGCCUACAGCUCCAGGGGGAACCCAGGGGUCGAUUAAGGCCCCCACCACUACCAGGCCACUGGGGUUCCGAACCAGAGCCCCCUCACUACCAGGGAGAAGCACUGCAACAGGGCUGAAGACUCCAGCGGUGACCAGCCAGGUAGCAGGCAAGCAGGCCCAGAACCCCCUUCAGAGGGCCGGCUCGGCCAGAUUCAACCGCCCCGCAGCUGCUGCCACAGUGGACAAGAACAAGGCUCGGGGGGCGCCGUUGGCGAGGACCCUCUCCCAGACCAGCACCACUACUCAGGUAGGAGGACCCAGCCAACCCCAGCCGCCCCAACCAGACCUGGUCCCAGUCCCUGCCGUCCCUCUCCCAGUCCAGGGACCAGUGGUCUCGGCAUCCCGCCCGGCCCGGGCUCUAGUGGAGGCUAAGCCGGCCACGGUGGCCCAGUACCGUGCCCAGUGUGAGAAGAAGAACCAGAGCCUUCAGCAGCUCCGACGGCUCCUGGAGCAGGGCAACCGUCGGAUAGAGGCCCUAGCUACCGUGGUGCAGCACCUCUUCACCGAGCGUGAAGAGACAUUGAAGCUGAAGAAAGGACUGUCCCUGGAGCUUUCUACCCUGCGUGAUGAGCUCAUCUCCUCGUCCCAGUGCUGUGAGCGGCUGCAGAAGGAGAAGGAGGAGGUGCGGGUGUCUCUGGAGGAGGUGGUGCGGAGGGUCCAGAGGGAUCACCAGGCUGAGCUGACCGGCCUGGAGGAGAGGCUCAAGGCCUUCUACCAGGCAGAGUGGGACAAGGUGCACCAGGCCUAUCAGGAGGAGGCGGACAAAUGCCGCGCCCUCAUGGAGCAGCAGCUGGAGGAGAUGAGGAGCAGACAGGAGACUCUGAGGAGAAACUCUGAGGCCAGCCACGCUCAGCAGAUGGACACGCUCAGACUGACCUACGACACCGCUGUCCAAGAGCUCAGGAAAACCCUGGAACAGGACUUGGAGAACCUGGACAAAACACUAAAGGAAACGGAGGCCACUCUCACUGAGAAAAUCCAGGACCUCACGUUGGAGAACGAGGCGCUGAGUGAGAAGCUGCGAGCGGAGGAGGAGAGGAGGAGGAUUCUGGCAGAGAAGAACCAGAAGGACUCCCAUGUGUUGUAUCUGGGUCAGGAGCUGGAGAGUCUUAAGGUGGUUCUGGAGAUAAAGACCAAACGGCUUCAUCAACAGGACAAGAAACUCAUGCAGAUGGACAAGCUGAUGGAGAGCAACGUGAAGCUGGAGGAGCGUCUGAACAAAGUCCAGCAGGAGAACGAAGACUACAGGGCCCGCAUGGACAAACACACCGCACUCUCCAAGCAGUUGUCCAGUGAGCAGGCCAUGCUGCAGCAGACCCUGCAGAAGGAGUCCAAGGUCAACAAGCGUCUCUCCAUGGAGAAUGAGGAGCUGCUGUGGAAGCUGCACAACGGAGACCUGGCCAGCCCCCGCCGCCUCUCACCCUCCUCGCCCUUCCACUCGCCCGGCAACUCGGCUUCCUUCCCCACCGCCGCAGCCCCACUCUCGCCCAGCAGAUAACCCAAACUGGAUACCAAGGGGAGAGAGAGAGAGAGAGAGAGAAGAAAGAGAGUGUGUGUGGGGAGAGUGUUUGUGUGGAUACCCCCUCCAACACACCCUAGAGACAACCCCCCUCUACAGUCCCUUACCUCCUAACCCCCAGAUCACCAACCCCAGCCUCUCAAGGAGACAAAGCUAUUCCAAAUACGGAUGGACUACUUCAUAUGAUGACGCUGCAGUUUUGGCUUCUGCCCACAAUGACUUGUACAGACGUUUUCUUUGCUCCCAGAAAGAGAAGACAAUGUUGCACAGAUGCACUUACUUAAAGCGUGGGACAAUUCUGCCUUCGUUCUUUUCUGCCUGAUUUCUCUCACUUUUUUCCCCUCAGCAGAGAGAAAGAACAGGCAACUUAAACCUCAGGGUUUGUACAUAGCUUCUCAGCUCGUUUUGAUUCUCCUUCUUUUAUUUGUGCAUUGUGUUCCCCGCUCCCCGAAUAAAGUUUGUGCGAAAAACCUUG